GUGAGCGGCACGCGCUGGACUGGUCUGGCGCUUGCGCGUUGCGGAAGAUAGGCGGUCAGUGGAGACACGGUUCAGCCAUGGCAAUGGAGCGCUACAAGUACUUCAUCCUGAACCAAAAGCUGGCAGUAGUGUGGGGCAUAAUGCAGGUGGCCUGUGCAGCGCUGUGUUGUGUGUGUGGCCUAAUGGAUGCAGUCUUUCGCAAGAACACCACACUCAGUGAAACUAGAACUCCUCUCUGGGCUGGACUGAUCAUGGCAGUUCCUGGAGUCCUUGCGCUUUUUGCUUCAGAAAGGAAAAAUCCCACCCUGGUCAGUGUCAUGAUGGCAUCAUCUGUGAUCUCUCUUGUUGCCACUUUAAUUGUAUUUGUUUAUGCCGGUGUGACACUCAGUUAUGGGGAGGAAGAUGAUGAGCUGUUUCACCCCCGUCACGUCGAUGAAGUGAAGUUUGUGCUGAGCCGCAUGGUAAAGGGAGCGAACAGCACUAUGGUGCUAGCUGGAGCUGGCUCGCUCAUCUUCUCCACUUUGAUUGCAUAUGUGGGGUGUCGCAGUCGGCCUACCUGUGGCUGUUACGACUCAGUCACUGGCAUGACGGAGAUGAGCGAGUGUUUAACUCUCCGGUGUCAUUCAUGGAGCGCUGUCCCGAGCAGGAACAGGAAGAGCCCUCCACACUUCCUCCAUACAGCAGGUUUGCUUAAGGAGUGGAUCAUGCAUUUCUGAUUGUAUUUACUGUAAACUUUCUGUGCCAUUUAAUAUUGCUGAAUUUAAGACUGAUAGCUGUUUUUAACAAGAGACCUGUGGAAACCAUUUUUAUGCCAUUUUUUAAUAUGAAUUGCCCUUGUUUACUUCAGAAAAUGGUUCUGUAAGUUUGAUUGCACUUCCUUUUGUAUUUUUAACUCAACAUGAAUGUUUUUCUUUUAUUUUUGUUCAUGCAUUUAAUUUAUUUAAUUUAUAUUUCCAAAAACUGUACAUAUAUAUAAAUAAACUUUCAAUCUUACUCAACUGUUAA